AUGGUCAGGAUAGGAAGACCACAGGCGUCUUCUGCUGAGAAAAGCAAGAGAACAUCUGACUUCGUAGCCUUCAACAAUCAAGUGCUGCUCAGGAUGACGGCCUUGGUGAAAGCCGGUGUGCAUCAAACGCACCCUGGCGACGGGAUGGUGAAAAGCGAGCAAGGUGAUGAGAAACAUCUGAUAGCGCCCCAGGGACUUGAGGCCCCGUAUUGUGUCCUGCUAGAGGGCCCUCCGGGAGUGGGCAAGACAAGCCUGAUCCGACAUGUCGCACAGAGCCUGGCGGUGAACGUGAUCUCAUUCCAAGAGGAGUGGACGUGCUUGUCUCAUCAGCAGACCGAACAUGAGUUCAUUCCGCCCAACUACGAUCACGCUUUCGCGCGCUGCCUCAAGAAAGCGGAUAAUCUUUUCCCUGCCGUGAUUCACGUAGAGCAAGCUCACUGCUUGUUGGGCCCCCACAAGUUGAGCACGGACUUCUCCAGCAGUGGACGUGACGACUUGUUUCUACUCACGUUGCGCAAGUACCUGCAAGAAAAAGGAUCCGCCACCAGAGGCUGCCUCCUCGUCCUCGAGUCGCAGUCGACCAAGAUGAUUGACUCCAACAUCCUGACAAAGAUCCCUGACCACGUGCAUUUCCCGCAACUUGGUAUCAAGGAGAGGUUGACGCUGACGAGCAUCGAUCUGGAGUUGAUCAAUAGCGAGAUGAUGGGAUUCAGUGCAGCUGAGGUCUCCGACUGUUUCUUUCUCAACUUGCCAUCUACUACCUUGCCUUGCACUGCUUUGACACGCAUGACCGACAGCUACUUGACGGGAGGACAAGUCCGGGAUGAUUCGGCUAUGAGUAUCGAGGACUUCAUGAAAGCGAUACGAGAAAUUCGACCACGAAGUGCUGGCCGAGUUGAAGAAGUCCCGCUCCACAACGUCAAGUUAGAAGAUGCCGGCCUUGCCUUUAUAGCAGCAGAUGUCGCCCAGCUUGUCAAGAGCGGCAUCGGGGAGAGCGAGAGACAACUCGUCGAGAUGUUUCAGGUCCCCUUGUGCUCUGUCAAGCAUACCCAGUCUGAGAGAGAGCAGAGAGCGUGCGAGGCAGCUCCGUGCAUGCUGUUCCUCGACGAGCUGCAGGCGGCGUUUGCUCGGCCUGACAACGAAGAGAACGACGGGACGGGGUCGAGGCAGCUGGCAAGCCAACUGAAGCUCGAGAUGGAUGCGCUGCAAGCCAAGCCCGAGGUGUACGUGAUGGGGGCAACCAACGCAGUCCACAUGCUAGACCCGGACCUUCUCCGUCCCGGUCGCUUCGAUCACGUGAUUCAAGUCAAGCUGCCGGACCUCGAGGCUCGAAGGACGAUCUUGACAGGCAUGCUGAGGCACUUGCCCGUGAGCUUCGACCCGGACGGCUCCGGGCCUCGGGAUAAAUUAUCUCUGGCCGAGCUGCUCUCGGUUGCAACAGCAGGAUGCUCUGGAGCCGAUCUUCGCCAUCUCUGCCAGUUGGCUGGCCUGAGAUCGAUUGCUGAAAACAGAUAUCAGCCAACUUGCCAAGAUUUUGUCGCAUCUCUCGCCAAAGUUACAAGUUGCACUCAGCAUGACUGA